AUGUCUAGGCCUGUUGAGAGAAUAGCAGAUAUCAACGAUGGAGAAGAGCUUUGGAAGAUUGUUGUUACGAUUCACCACAGAUGGAAUGUUGUGUCCAACAACAAGGAACAUUUUGAAAUGAUCUUUGUUGACAAAUUAGGAGAUGAUAUUCAUGCUGUUGUUCCAGCACCACAUGUGUCGGUGUUCACCGAAAAAUGCCUAUUAGGGCAUACUUAUACUGUAUAUAAUUUUAAGGUGGUGCCUUAUGUUCUGGCGUUCAAGGCAUCAGGACACAAAUAUAUGAUAAAGUUUACUGCUGGAACCAACAACAUGUUGAACUGUACUCUGUGGGAAUCAUACGCGGAUCAGUUCAUCAGGUUUAACAAAGUUAGGGUUGAUGCAUCACUCCCUACAGUUGUGUUGCUUCAGUAUGCCAAAGUGAAAGAAGAAGGAAAGUAUCCUCUGUCUGUGACAAACACCUACAAUGUGACCCUUUUAUGUGUUGAUGCUGAUUUUCCUGUCAUGAAAGACUUUAUUGAUAGAAUGCCUGAGGAGAGCAGGGUAACCCUGUCUGAUCAACUCGGAGGGAAUUCCCAAUUAUCCUCCCAGAGUUCUGAAAAUCAACAGCUGACUCCUGUGCAAAAAUUGUUCUCAAAGGCUGUUGUUUUACCUAUUGCUGAGAUUAUUCCACUUACGGAUAUUACACUUUGUGCUACUGUUGCUACAACAAAAUUAUUAGUCGCGUCUCCAUUUGGACGGUACUAUCGUGCCUGUCAUAUGUGUCAAUCUAUAGCGCGUGGGAACAACCCCCCAUUUGAGUGUAAAGCUGGUCAUGAAACCAUGGCUGAAGUCCUUAGGUAUAAGAUUGAGAUUGAGGUUACUCAUGGGGGCAAAAGUCGCAAUUUUGUCUUCUGGAACAGAGAAUGUGAAAUGCUCUUGGGUUUAUCUGCAUCCCAACUUCGUAACACUAUGAUUCAGGCUGGAAUUACUGAUCCAUUGGACUUCUCGUUAGUCAUUGGUCAGUUGUUGAAGUUGGAAAUGGCUAUGAAGAUUAAAGAGAGUGUUGAUGAGGCUAAAACAGAUGCCAAUGAAGACUGUGAAUUGGUUACGGACCUGGAAAUUACAUCUGAGCACAAGCUUGAUGCUGUCACACCUGCUGGUAAGAGGCAUUUUCCUGCUGGAUCAAGUGAAUCCACUGAUUUGGACGGAUUACAUGAUGGAGAACUGUCAUCAAACAAGCUGAAGAAGAUAAUUAAAAUGGAGAAGAUUGAUUAG